GCUCACGCUUAUGUCUUUUACCGCGCGCCUUGGAGUGUCCCAGUAUCUUCUCCGGGUGCGCCCAUCUCCAAGUGACAACCUGCCUGUGCUGGACCUGAAGGAGGACUUAAACCGCGAUGGGGAACCCUCUGAGGAAGAUCUCUCUGUGCCAAACCUGAAAGGCAAACUUGGAGACAGUUUUGACUCCACUCGAAUGUCUAUCGGUCCACCGACUCAUGGAAAUCUAUCUCUAACACACUCACGCAUCAGUCUCACUGGACACAUGCCGCGUGAAUUGAGAGAGCUAGACUUGAAUGACCGCCUGUACGGCCAACGUCUCAAAGUAAACAAAAAAAACCGUCAAAAAUUCCGCAGGUGGCUCUGGGCACACACGCAUUGCCCAGUCUUGCCAGUUUGGAAGGACCUCGGGGUGCGCUUCUGGCCACGUUAUAUCAAAGAAGGACGUUGCACUCGCAGAUACUCAUGCUCUGUACCAAAGGGAAUGUACUGCAAGCCAAAUCGAUCCGUUCACGUGACGCUUCUUCGGUGGUAUUGCCAAGGUUCUUCCAAACUCCGGCGUUGCUACUGGAUCCACGUACGGUAUCCCAUAAUCUCCCGGUGUGAGUGCUCGUGCUGA